CUCUCUCUCUCUCUCCACUUUCCUUGUGUAGCUUUGAGUUCUGUGUGUGUGUUUUCGGCACUGGCAGCAGGCCUGUGUGUUUGUUUGGUAUCGGAAUAAUACGCCCCCGGCUGUGUCGUGCUCGUUCCGGUUCGGGAACUACUGUACCACAUCGCCUACGGUAUCUCCCCGCAUUGUCUUCGCGUUGUUCGAGGGUAUUCCAGCGCUCUCUCUCACACGAGACGAUGGCGCAGCCAGCAGUCGCCCAUGGUGGAGACAAUGCUCGACGUGACGCUCCUCACUGGACGCACACCUACGACAAAUGGGAUGGCUGGGAGGAUCCUGACGAAUUGGCCAAGAAGCGUGAAGAGGAGGAGAAGCGGGCAAAGAGUUACCGGGAGAACCAUAUGGCCUGCGCUCACGACCGCUCUGCCGAAAGGAAGGUAAUGGAGAUGCCGAUCGAGGAGAAGAUUUCAGCAUGCCGAGACUUCAGACAGAGAGGCAACCUUUUUCAUGCCGAGGGCCAGUACCGACGAGGGGCUCUGCAAUAUCGGCAGGCCUUGAUUUACUACGACUUCUGCUUUCCGGACGAGGACUCGCAGCAGCAGGAGUUAGACGAUAUCCGGCAGGCGUGUCUCCUCAAUUCUGCGGCGUGUUUUCUGGCCUGUGGAGAGCUCGAUCAGACGCUGGACUGUUGCUACCAGGCUUUGCGGGCGGAGCCGAACAACGUCAAGGCCCUGUACCGCCGCGCUGUGGUUUAUCGUCUCCGUGAUCGGUUCAAAGAGGCCUCUGUCGACCUUGGAAAGGCGCUGGCGCAGCGGCCUAACGAAGUCAUGCUCCGGAAGGAGAGCGCUGUACUCAAGAGCAAGAUAGCGUCCUAUCGGGAACGACGAAAGGCGAUGGGAGAGCAAAUCUUCGGAAAGGAGCAGGGUCCGGAUCAGGAUAAUGUUAGAGGGAGUUCCAACUACAACGGCCAAGCGUCGCAACAGGAAUCGGAAACGCAGGAGAAAGAUGACAGCGAACCAUCAGCUGCUGAGGCAGCAGAAGAUGAUCCCUAUCAGUGCUUCGCGCCGGCGGCGGCGGGGGGGGGCAACGAGUCGGGAGGCGGCUACGCGGUGACGGCUGCGGUUGUUCCGGCCGGAUCCGGGAGAGGCGAGGAAGAAGAAGGCCGGCGGUGGCACGAUCUCGUUUCGUACCACGAGGGGGAUCAGAGGCCCUAG